UUUAUUUUUUCAGAUUAAUUUCGCAAGGUCCAUGUAAUAAUGAUUUUUAAAUCAUGACUCAAUAAAUCAACACUGAAUAGAGAAUGACCGGCACGAGUGGGAGGUUAUAUUUGUAGUAGGUUAUAGUGUUAAGUAUUGUGUUUCAAGAAUUUGACGAAUAGAAAUAAAUUUAAAAUUUUUUGUUAAUUUUGUUUUUAAUUAUGAUCGAGUCAGCGAUUGCCGGACUCACGCCGCAUUUAUCAAAAAUUAAAAUCCCGACAUCUUCUGAUAAGGUUUAUAAAGAUGAAUGUGUUUAUUCAUUUGACUCUCCUGAUUCAGAAACAGGUCUUUAUGUUUGCUUACAAACAUUUAUAGGCGUAGGUAAAGAUUUUGUACUUAGACAUUUCAAAAGAACUGGUAGUGCAGUGUAUUUGCAUUUAUUGAGGGAUCGAAUUGAGAAGGAAAACAAACAGGGCGAUGGACCAGAACGGAAGGUCACCAAACUUGCUAUUGGAAUUGAAGGAGGUUUUGAACCUGAUAAGAAGGAUAUUGUCACCACUGAAACAUUAUCGAUUGUUGUAUUACCUGAAUUUAUAUCAAUCCCAUGGCCAUGUGAUAAGUUACCUCUAGUGGUAGUUCAAUCUGUUGAAGGAGUCUUGGCUGCUAGUUCAGCUUUAAAAAUGGCAGAAUUGGAGUCUGUUGCUGGUACAUGGGAUGGUGAAGCAAGAUCAGUUUCAAGACAUGCUGCUAAUUUAUUACAAAUUGAUAAUGGUGUUAAGAUUCCACCAAAUGGAUGGAAAUGUGAAGAAUGUGAGUUAGAUUCCAAUCUAUGGCUGAACCUCACUGAUGGAAAAAUUCUGUGUGGAAGAAGGUUUUUUGACGGAACAGGAGGCAAUGAACAUGCUCUUCAGCAUUACAAAAAAACUGGUUACCCUUUGGCUGUAAAAUUAGGCACAAUUACUAAAGAAGGAAAAGGGGAUGUGUAUAGCUACGAAGAAGAUGAUAUGGUUGAAGAUCCAUACCUUAUCCAACAUCUAGCCCACUUUGGCAUUAACAUAAUGAAUUUGGAAAAGACAGAGAAAAGUAUGGCUGAACUUGAACUUGCUCUGAAUACAAACUAUAAAGAGUGGAGUGGGACUGAAGAUGGAAAGUCUGUAUCGGGACCAGGUUUAACAGGAUUGGCCAAUAUGGGAAAUUCUUGUUAUCUCAAUUCAGUUGUACAGAUUAUUUUCUCCAUUCCUGAUUUCAUAAAGAAAUAUUAUGAGAAUGCUGAUGCUGUAUUCGAUAAUGCUCCUGUUGAUCCUGCUGUUGACUUCAACGUUCAAAUGGCAAAGCUAGCUACCGGUCUGAUUUCUGGUAAAUAUGCCCAAUCUGAUAAUUCAGAUCAGCCAGAAAGGAAAAUAAUUCCACCCGUGACACCCAUAAUGUUCAAAAAUGUUAUUGGCAGGGGUCAUCCUGAUUUUUCUACUAAAAAUCAGCAAGAUGCACAUGAAUUCUUUUUGCAUCUUCUAACAUUUGUCCAGAGAAACAGCCGUGGAAGUCUUGAUCCUACUGAGUGCUUUAAAUUACAAGUAGAAGAUAGAUUUGAAUGUGGCGCAACUGGGAAAGUGAAGUACACCAGAAGAACAGAGUAUUGUCUUCCUCUUUCCAUACCAUUGUCUCAGGAACAAUUAGCAGCUGUUAAAGCACAGAGUAUGAACAAGGACUCAAAAGACUUUACUAGGCCCCACAUUGAUCUUAAUGCCUGUUUAUCUUCUUUUCUGCAAACUGAAUUAGUGGAACAAUUUUACUCUACAGCAAUACAAGAUAAAACAACUGCUAAAAAAACGACUCGUUUAGCAACAUUUCCUGAUUAUUUAAUGAUACAUCUGAAGAAAUUUUGUUUAAAUGAUAACUGGAUUCCAAUAAAAUUGGAUGUAUCAGUUGAUAUGCCUAAUGAAGUUGAUUUCAAGAUGUUAGGUAGGCACCAACGCCCUCCAGGGGAAGAACUGCUGCCUGAACCGGUUGGACCAAUAGCACCACCAGUUCUUGAUCAAGCUGUAAUAAAUGGCCUCGUUGAACAAGGUUUUCCUUUAGAAGCUGCCAAGAAAGCUGCUUAUUUUACAAAAGGAGGUGGUAUUGAAAUGGCCGUGAAUUGGCUGAUGGAGCACAUUGCGGAUCAAGACCUCAAUGAUCCCUUUGUUGUACCAGGAGCUGAACCUGUUAUAAAAGAAUUCAUACCUGACGAAGAAGGUCUUAUGAUGUUGACAAGUAUGGGAUUUACAAGAGCCCAAGCCACAAAAGCUUUAAAAGCUACAGGAAACAAUGUUGAACGAGCUGGGGAUUGGAUAUUUUCUCACGCUGACGAACUAGAUAAGGUUGAUGAUGUUGAACAUCCUCCUGUUGCUGGUGAAACAUUUAGAGAUGGCAGCUCAACAUACAGGCUUAUUGGUGUUAUUUCUCAUAUGGGCCCAUCUUCUAUGGUUGGACAUUAUAUUUGCCAUGUACUGAAGGAUGGACAAUGGGUGAUUUUCAAUGACGAGAAGGUCGCUUUUUCAGAAAAUAUACCAAAAAAUCUAGGAUAUUUGUAUCUUUAUCAAAGGGUUUGAUAAUUAUAAUAUGUACUAGAAUUGUUUUCUACUGAACUGAUUAAAUAAUUAAUUAGUUUUAAAGUUUUAAGUUUUGUUUCUACUAAUGUUGUAUGAUAAUACAUUUUUUUAUUUGCAUGUUUUUGAUAUUUUCAUUCCCUUUCAAUAUGACAGUUCAAAGUAAUAAUAAAAUUAGAGUGUUAAGAUUCAGUUCUCUAAUGCUUUUUUUGUUGUAAAGUUUUUUAAUAAAAUAUAUUUUCAAAAUA